UCUCCGGUGAACAAUUUAUUUCCUUUCUCGACUGAGAAGCGGCGGAACACCGGCGAAGAAGAUUCAGAAGAAGAAACAAAGCUGCGAAUCUUCUUCUUUUCGUCUCGUCACAUUUGGGCACCGAUGUCUGGUAACAACAAUAAUCCUCAAGGCUCUGCGCCUUCGCCGUUCAGGAGCCCUGGGAUGAUGCCCUCUGUUUCUGUCCCUGGAGGCUUUGCUCAGUCUCAUAUGGCAACUAACUUUCAAGCUCCGUUUCAGUUCACUCAAGCUCAGGCCAUGGCUCAAGCACAGUCUAAAGUUCAUGCACAGAUGCAAGCGGGCAUGGGGAUAAACCAAGCUCAAGCCCCCCAGGAGAUUGUUGGGUUGGGUCAGUCUUCUUCGCCUUCUAUGACCACUCCUGGAAGUAGUUCAAACGUGAAGAGGUUAAUGAGACCUCCUUCUGGUUUCCCUAACAACACUAUCUCCCCCAUGAGAACAAUGGAGUUAACUCCUGCUCCACGGAAGAAGAAACAGAAGCUUCCUGAAAAGUCUUUGCAGGAACGUGUGGCGGCGAUCUUGCCUGAGUCUGCGUUAUACACGCAGCUUCUUGAGUUCGAGUCUCGUGUUGAUGCUGCGUUGAGUAGAAAGAAGGUUGACAUCCAGGAGGCUCUCAAGAACCCUCCUUGCGUACAGAAGACGCUUAGGGUCUACGUGUUCAACACAUUUGCUAACCAAAACAACAAUCCAAACGCUGACCCUCCAACAUGGACUCUUAAAAUCGUUGGUAGGAUCUUGGAAGAUGGGGUGGAUCCGGACCAGCCAGGUUUUGUUGAGAAAGCUAACCCAUUGCUUCCAAAGUUCUCGUCUUUCUUCAAGAAGGUACAAGUUAGCCUUGAUCAGAGGCUGUACCCUGAUAGCCCGUUGAUCACAUGGGAGAACUCUCGUUCACCUGCCCCUCAGGAAGGGUUUGAGAUAAAAAGGAAAGGGAAUCAGGAGUUUGCAGCUACUAUUCGGUUGGAGAUGAACUACCUCCCUGAAAAGUUCAAGCUCUCUACUGCAUUGAUGGAUGUUCUCGGGAUUGAGGUUGAGACAAGGCCAAGAAUCAUCGCUGCGAUUUGGCAUUACGUCAAGGCGAGGAAACUGCAGAGCCCAAACGACCCUUCUUUCUUCAACUGCGACGCUGCACUUCAGAAAGUUUUUGGGGAACAGAAGUUGAAGUUCACAAUGGUCUCUCAGAAGUUAUCUCAUCACUUGUCACCUCCACCACCGAUUCACUUGGAACACAAGAUCAAGCUGUCAGGAAGUAGCCCGGCCGUAUCAGCCUGUUACGAUGUCCUAGUGGAUGUACCCGUCACUAUCCAAAGGGACUUGAACAACUUGUUGGCUAAGGCAGAGAAGAAUAAAGAGAUUGAGGCUUGUGAUGAAGCGAUAUGUGCAGCCAUAAGGAAGAUCCAUGAGCAUAGGAGGAGAAGGGCAUUUUUCUUGGGGUUCAGCCAAUCACCAGUUGAAUUCGUAAACGCGCUGAUGGAAUCGCAGAGCAAGGAUCUGAAGGUUGUAGCGGGAGAAGCCAGUCGAAAUGCUGAGAGAGAGCGUGGAUCAGACUUCUUUAACCAACCUUGGGUGGAAGAUGCAGUGAUACGUUACUUGAACCGGAGGCCAGCAGCUGGGAACUAGGGGCCAGGGAGCUGGUGAGUUUACUUGCUGGGUACCAUAGUUAGAAGUCUAUUCAGCUGUUUGAGCUCUUUCAAAAGAAGAAGUAUUGAAGAUCAAAAUGGUUUAAAAGGAAAGUAGUAUUGUAUUGUAAUCUUUUGUAUGAUGAAACAAGAUCAAUCUGGUUUGAAAGUAAAGUAGUAGUGUAUUGUAAUCUUUUGAAUGGUGAAACAUUAGUACUUAUGAUCUAGCUUUAAUUUGUAGCUUUGACUU